CCGGUAUUAAACAUUCUGCUUAAAUAAAUUAUCUGAAGUCUUGUGUAUUGGGGUUUUCAAGUAUAAAAAAUACAUACGCCGUUAACAUCUUCUCGUUGUAUAAAUUGUUUUAUGUUGUCCCUGACAUGAACAACGAUUUGGUUGUCAGGGUCCUUCUGGGUACCGUCCAAGAAAGGCAGAUGGCUGAUGAAGUCAGACGAUAAAAACAUGGACAGUGUAUUAGUCACGUUGUUGAUGCAGUGAGCUUUGAGCACAUCGGAGUGAGACAAGAAGCGGGAAGUGGGAAGAUGAGGAAAAUACUCUGCUGAUGGAAUAUAUUUCUAUAAUAUAUGCCGAACACUUUAAGAUCCCAAUUGUAAGAUGAUGCGUUGCUAGUGUGAUUAUUAGGAGACGAGGCUUUACUUCAUUGCAAAGGAUUUGGCGGGUUUUUAGCAGAGGACUUACCAUGGUUUUUCACAGAAUGCAUUAGUUUUUGAAGCUCAACCGACAGAAUGGCGCCCUCUACUCGUGUGCUGGUUCUACUUUUUGUCCUGGUUUUGGUUUUUCACCUCACGGAGUCGAGAUCUCAUCAGAAACUAACCCGAUCAUCAAGACGCAGUCUAACAAGACGCACAACAAGGCGUGUCACGUCUUAUAACAGUAACACAGGAUACCCUGCGAGAGGAGGAUUCUUUUGGUGGCACAUCGUUCUGAUUAUUCUCGGUAUAGUCUUAGUCUUCGCCCUUAUGUACUGCUGCGUACGUCAAUGUAUGAACCGGGAGCCUGAAUCCGAUACUCCAGGUAUUCACACUACAAGGGACCAGAUACAACUCCGGGAUCACAAAACAGUCAAUCAUUUCCCAAACCACUACUCGGCACCGCAGAAUGGAUACGCUUCGGACGGUGGCUUCAACCACCCACCGGUGGAUGCGAUGUACCCACCACGCGUGGUCAACUCGUCAUACCCUCCCUCAUGUGACGUCAUGUACACGCCUUCUUCGUCUCCUGCACCGCCCUCUUACGGUAACGUUAUAGGGUUUCACAAGGAGAUGAUCGAUGAGGGCGCUAUUGAUGUUCAACGACCUGACCAAUGGGAGGACGAUGUUAACUUUAAAAGGAAAGACUUUGGUGUGAUUUAACCAAGACCAAAAAGAGACCCGUCUCACGCAAAGAAGUAAUGCUAAUUUCAAAGCGAGUAAUCGAGGCUGCUAUGAACUGAAAUUUGGUUGUUAUUCAACAAUGUAUAAGUGCUAUAUGAUUGUUAGACUUGAUUUCAAGUCUGAGAUCGCGGUUAUUCCUCUGCACCAACACCCAUGAAAAACGCCCCCUUAUUAUUAGCUAUCACGCGCCCCAACUCGCAAUCUCAACUCGUGAUCGUAGGCUAAUACAGAGGUUAAUCUCACAAGAAGGCGCUAGUUGAUGCAAUAAUGUAUUGGCUAUCGGGUAGACUAAAAGCCACGAUCGCAGACUUGAAACCAAGUCUAUUGUCUGAUCGUCCGUUUCUUCGUAUUCCAAGCACAUUGCUCGUAAUUGUUGGAAGAUACACCAACAAAAUGGCCAAGCAAGAAUUAUGGAGCUUCUUUCCUGGAGGGCCGAUCUCGUUAUCUCGAUAAGUACAACGGCACUUCUGGGACUCCGUAUGUUGCAAAAAAGAAUCGUGGCGAACUGUAUCCGAGCAUGUUCGAUAUCUUUAACGACAUUUUGAAAAAAACAAAACCUCGCAAAUCCACACUAUAUGUUUUUUAUUUAAUAUUAGAAGUAUUAUUAUAGAGUAACUGCUUUUGUGAUUAUAGUGAAGUAGCAUACUGGUUGUCUUCGACAGGCCUACCCAAAUAGUCAACAAGAACAUCAAUGGAGGAUGAGCAUGGGACUUGGUGUUCCGUACAGCUGGAAAGUUUCUUUCUUAUAGUUUUACACGUACUUUUCCGUAAUGUUUUUCAUUGUGCUAAAGGUGUAUUUCUUAUCAAGACUUAUAAAUUAUUUUGUAAAUUGAAGACACUAAGUGUAAAUGCUGCGUGUUUUUGUACUGCUUUGCUAUAUCAGAGUAGAUUAUUGAUUAUUGAGCUCCUAAGACAAUUAAAGACUUCCUUGCAUAUUAAAUGGAUGGCGAUUUAAUUGUUUUGGGCAAUAGUGUACUAUUUGUGUUUGCAUUUAGAAUGACAAAUUAAGAUCGGCAGUCACAUUUGGCUACGAGUGUUAGUCUUCUUUUUGGAUAAAAAGAUAAGAAAAAAAAGGUUUAAUUAUUUAAUUUGAUUGACUAAGCCCCCGCCUGUUGUUGGCCUUAGCAGGGGUGUGGGGUUGGUACGAGCGUGACAGUUUCGGAAGGGUGUGUGCCCUUGCAGUUGCCUUAUUACCCAGUCAGCAGCCCCCUCCGUCACUCACACUUUUAAUCGGCUCUCACCCGUCUCAGGUAUUGCUGUUUUAUUGUAAUGAGGGAUGUUAUUCAAGAUGACCAAAAUAACACUGAAAGGUAGCAAUUGAGUAGCUAAGAAUUUGUUUUUCAUUUGGUAAGACUUUGCUCUAUAACUGCAAAGGUCGUGGGUUCGAAUCCCACCCGUAUGCCUGUGAUUUUUUUUUUUACAGAGCUCGGGAAAAAAUGAGUACACACUGCUUGCACACAUCAGUGUGAAUGGGUAAACCAAAAUGAAUUUGUGAAGGAUUUUGUGAGGGAUUUUGUGUUUUUUUACGACUUAUAACUGAUUUUCUACUGUCCCGGUCGGACGGCCUGCAAUUGAUUAGUAAUGAUGUGUUAUAAAAAGAACAAAAAUACACAUUAAUGUUUAAUAGCUGUUGAUAAAGAGCAGUGUGAUCAUUUCGCAAGUAACUGAGUUAUUAAUUAUGGUUUGAACUCUUGUUAGGAAAGGUUUCAUGACUUCUGGGUAAUUGUGAUAAAUUAAUUCAGCACCAGUGCAUAAUUCUUAUAAAUAAAAACAAAAUGAGCACAAAU